UUGUCAUUUGCUGGCAGGAAUAAAAAAAAAGAAACUUCCGAUACUGUAUUUUACUAUUUAGUGUAUUAAUUGUUAAAUUAUAUUAUUUUAAGCUUUAAAUAGUGUUAAAUUAAGAUCAUGGACGACCAAGGGAGGAAAGUUAUCGUUUGCGACAACGGCACUGGCUUUGUAAAGUGUGGAUACGCGGGGAGCAAUUUUCCCGCGUUCAUCUUCCCGUCGAUGGUGGGCCGGCCGAUCAUCAAAGCGGAGAAUAAGAUCGGUGAUAUCGAUGUCAAGUUCCAGAAUUUAUGUAUUGGAGACCUGAUGGUGGGAGACGAGGCGUCACAGCUGCGUUCCAUGCUCGAAGUCAGCUACCCCAUGGAGAACGGGGUGGUCCGCAACUGGGAAGACAUGUGUCACGUGUGGGACUACACGUUCGGACCGAGCAAGAUGAACGUGGAUCCCCACGACACCAAGAUCCUGCUCACUGAGCCGCCCAUGAACCCCACCAAGAAUCGGGAGAAGAUGAUUGAGGUGAUGUUUGAGAAGUAUGGCUUCGACAGUGCGUACAUAGCCAUACAGGCAGUGCUUACUCUAUACGCUCAGGGGCUCAUCUCUGGAGUUGUUGUUGACUCAGGUGAUGGUGUGACGCAUAUCUGUCCGGUGUAUGAAGAGUUCGCUUUACCCCACUUGACCAGACGUCUGGACAUCGCUGGCCGAGACAUCACCAGGUACCUCAUUAAGUUACUCCUGCUCCGUGGCUACGCGUUCAACCACUCGGCGGACUUCGAGACAGUCCGUAUGAUGAAGGAGAAGCUCUGCUACAUCGGAUACAACAUCGAGCAGGAACAGAGAUUAGCUUGGGAGACUACUGUACUUGUCGAGCCUUAUGUCUUGCCAGACGGUCGCAUAAUCAAGGUUGGCGGGGAGAGGUUCGAAGCCCCGGAGGCGCUGUUCCAGCCGCACCUCAUCAAUGUGGAGGGCCAGGGCCUAGCCGAGCUGGUUUUCAACACUAUACAGGCGGCCGAUAUAGACAUGCGCAACGAGUUGUACAAGCACAUCGUGCUGUCCGGGGGCUCCACCAUGUACCCGGGGCUGCCCUCGCGACUCGAGCGCGAGAUCAAACAGCUCUACCUCGAGAGGGUGCUGCGGAACGACUGCGACAAACUUGCCAAAUUCAAGAUCCGCAUCGAGGACCCUCCCCGGCGCAAGGACAUGGUGUUCAUCGGUGGCGCCGUGCUCGCCGAGGUGUGCAAGAACCGGGACAACUUCUGGCUGUCCCGCCAGGAGUACCAGGAGCAGGGUCUUGCCUGCCUUAGGAAGUUGGGACCCCGAGCAAGUUAAUGACAAUAACUAUGAAAAAUUACUUAAUUAUCAUAAGUAAUUGUAAAAAUGUAUUAUUCCAAUUUAAUUUAAUGUAAUAAAUAUCCAAUUAAAAUUACGGUAACUGUCAGCGCAUCAAAUUAAUCGCAUAAGCUCAUGACUAUGUCCCAAUCGGGGUAGUCAGAGGUACGUCCAUCGCAAGAUGAACUAAGUACCCACACCUCACCGAGCUUUCUGUUAGACCAACGUGAUAAGUGGUGAGCCGUAUUUUUUUUAUAUUUAAAUAAAUAUAAUGGAAUGCAAAGAUAAAAUUAAAAUAAACUAUACUCUAAAAAAAAUGCCCUGUACCUUCAAAAGCAUCUUAGGACAACCGAAAUACUUAAAAGAAUAAACUAUCUAAGUCAAAUGAAAAUAAAAACAUUAGAAAAACAUGAAUAUAUAGCGUUGAAUACUUCCCACCUUCAACGAUCGGGAAUGGUACAGAGCCUGUUCUACCACGCUGCUCCACUACGGAGUGGUGGAGAAGAGGAUAAAAACUGAGUAUUUCUCCCAUCAGGGGGUUAAAAUGCCCACAUCGAAGCAAUUCAUCUAAGGGUGGUAUUAAUAAACGAAUCUUAGCUGAGACUGCCCUCAAGACCAUGCUCAAGUCUCUGUUUUUAUAUCAGAACUGUCACAUUGACAUGAUCUUGAGGGCAGUCUCGAAGCUGAGAUUAGUUUAUUAGUACCACCCUAAGAAGAGUUGAGAUAAUAGUUAAGAAAAGUUGUUUGCACUGCGCACUUACUAUUAUGUCAAAUAGCAAUAUUGCUUUCUUAGAUGAAUUGCUUCGAUGUGGCCAUUUUAACCCCCCAAGUGUCGCUACUGUUGAGUGAUCUUAAAUUUUGACAGUUCCUCGUACUAUUUGAGUAAACAAAUAUUGUUUUGGUUAUAUUUUUACAUUACAACCCUUUGCGCAGCGUUUACCUGCAAAAACAGAGUGUUGUAUUUAUACAUUGUUUUAAGUUUGCGCAGUUAUUAAGUUGUCGAGUAUGUGGAAUCCAGUAGUAGGUGUUGUAAAAAGCUUGAAACGGCCUAAUGUGGUGAAAAAACGUGAGGACACAGUGAGUGCGGUUUGUCGUAGUGAGUUUCGUGCGAGUUCAGAUGGUUCCGAACAUUCCGGUAUCAAAAACAUAAACAAGCGGCAGAGAAAGAGGGUAGACAGAUAUGUCUGCCCGUAGAAAAUUAUGGAUCUACCUACUCCACUCCAAUCUCAUCAGUCAUCCCGUGAUCAUGGCACUUGCAACAGUGUCGAAAUAUCGGGAGUCUCAUAUCCCCAUUUAAACGCGGUAAGAACCCGUUAUUAUGUGUUGUAUUUAUUCUUAAAGUUCGGAAAGCAAACUUGGAAACUUGUUUUCAAUCAACAAUGCCUUCUUCCAACUGAUGGCUGCUUUUCUUUUUCGUAACUCAUCCUACAGACAGUGUAUCCCUUCACGUUGCUCCCCAUUUUAUAGCCAUUUACCACGAAUUUUAGCUGGACAGUGGUGCUAAUUCCUGCAGACGUCAUCUAAUUUUAUUUUAAGUUACACCUGUCAUUUUCUUAUCCUUUGAAAAAGAAAGGGACGGAUAAUCGACAGGCAUAAAAUUUAUGGAAUACACGUCAAUUUUAAGCAGAAAUCUAAAACAACCGUCUCAAAAUUUUACAUCGGCCAAAAAGCCGACAGAAUUAAGUAGACAGCACAUCAAAUGGAUUCCAUACCAGCGAGAUGCCUAUUUUAUUCGCACGGGUUAUUCAUUCAUUUUAAAAUUAACUUGUUGACAAUCAUCCGUUCGUUUCCUUUUCGGCGGAUAAGAAAAUGACGGGACAGCAGCUAGCAGGAAUCGGGGUCAGUAUGUAAACUGACAAAAUUUAGGAACACUCAACAGUGCUGUCGCCUACAUUUAAGCUUCUAGUUUUUAUAACACAAGUCAUUUUCAUCAAUGUUUUAGCCAUUCCAUCGCAGCAGUUAUACAGAAAGUCCACCUAUUUGUACUAUAAUUUAUUUACCCACAAAUGCUAAAUAUGACAAAACAUAAUUUUCCAAGAACUAUUGAUUUAUAAGACUAAUUAUUUUGCAUUUUUAUAGUUAGAAAUUUAUACUCCAAUUCACAAAUUGUAAUUUAUGUGAAGUUUGUGAAUUUAUCGGACAGUCUUAUUAGAUAAAUAUUGAAAUAAAUAAAAUAAAAAAAUA